CUUGCCCGCCCGGGGAGGAUCUGCUCGUUUGGUUUUGGGCCCCCGAAAGCUCACCAGAGUGGCCACGCACCGCCCGCACGGGGUCCGGGCAGACGGGGUCGGAGGAUCGCGCCGCGUCGGCGACGUGUCGGCGAUGCGGCGCGAAUCCGGGGCCCGAUUUUCGGAAUGUCGACGUUACCGAUGCUCCGCUGAUGAUCCUCCGACCUUUGGGCACGCCGACCCCACUGCGGCGGCCUUUAGGCCAAGCGACCACCACGUUACCGUCCACCCGCGCUCUUUCCCCGUCGGGGCUCCGCCCGGCUAGGCCGAGGCUCUGACGAUGAGCCGGAGCUCUGGGGGCCCCAGCUGCUCAAUCUUCGUCGGCAACGUGCCCUAUGACGCGCAGGAGGACGAGAUGCGGGACCUCUUCGCAAGGGUCGGCAACGUGACGUCCGUCCGCGUCGUCCUCGACAGGGACACGAAGCAGCCCAAGGGUUACGCCUUCAUCGAUUACGGCGACAGCGAAGGUGCUCAGGCGGCAAUAGAAAAGCUCAACAACGUCGAGUACAACGGCCGCAGGCUCCGGGUAGACGGCGCGGAGCGCGAGCUGCACUCCUCGGGGCCCAGGGCGCUGGAGGACCGGGACCGUGGCGGCUCACGGUCGGGAGGCGGCGGCGGAGGCGGAGGCCCAGCGCCGCCCCCGGAGCUGCCGCCCGUGCCCGUGCAGACGGUGGCCGACCGCAUGGCGAAGCUCCGUGAGCAGGAGGAGGCCCAGAAGGCACGAGUGGCGGCGGCGGACAGUGCGGAGCGCGCGGAGAUAGCGCGGCUCAUGGAGACGCUGACGCCCAAGCAGGUCGAUUCUCCCCCCCCCGCUGGUCGGCGAUGGGCCUGGCGCUGGCACCGGCGCCAAGUGAUCCACAUCCUAGGCGAGAUGCAGCGCCUGGCUCUCAAGGCGCCAGAGGUCGCCAGGGCGUUGGUCACCGAGAACAUGCAGCUCGCCCUCGCUUUGCAGCACGCGCAGUUCCUCGCGGGCCUCACGGAGGAGCCGCCGCUGCCGACGGAGCCGGCCGUGACGGAGCGGGCGCGGAACGUGCGGGAGCAGAUCUGGGGCGCCAAGGCUGCCCCGGCGCCGGCGCCGCGGGGCAGCGCCGCAGCGGCUGCCUUCGGGGCCGCACCCGCGGCCUGCUCCCGGCUCGCCCAGACGGAGCUGCCCGCGGACUGCGCCAUCGUCGCCUCCCCGCGGGACCCGGCGGGAAGAACGCGCCUCGGCUACGGCUCCCUGUAA